GGAGAAGAAAGGAAGAAAGAAAGAAAGGGUGAGAGAGUUGAAGGUCGCUUGACGAUCGAUGGCUACCUCCCUCUAUGUAUAAAAAUAAUUCACUCUCUUUUCACUUCUUCAAUACCUUUUCUCCUCACCCAAUUCUGUCUCCCGAUUUCUUGAAAUGGACGACAACCCAAAUAACACACAGUCGUUGCUCGCUCGGAUCCAACAGUUAGAACACGAGCGUGAUGAACUGCGCAAGGACAUUGAACAGUUGUGUAUUCAGCAAGCAGGACCAAGCUACCUUGUUGUGGCCACUCGAAUGCAUUUUCAAAGGACAGCUGGCUUGGAGCAGGAGAUUGAGAACUUGAAAAAACAGUUAGCUGCUUGUACAAGGGACAACCAAAAUCUUCAGGAAGAGCUUUCAGAGGCUUAUCGAAUUAAAGGUCAACUGGCAGAACUGCAUGGUACAGAGGCUGCAAAGAAUAUUGAAUUGGAGAAGCAGGUCAAGUUUUUCCAUGGAUGUGUGGCAGCUGCUUUUGCUGAACGGGACCAGUCGAUAAUGGAGGCUGAGAAGGCUACGGAGAAGGAGGAGCUUAUGUCUCAGAGAUUAAACGAGGUUCAGAAUAGGUAUUUUAGAACCUUCAUGCAUUCGCACUGCUUGUAUUAACUACUUGCAUGAACAAAGAGAAAUUCUAUUU